CGAGACUACACGGUCUAUUCGGAUUCAUCUAACGUCGCCGUGCAUUGUUAUUAUUAAUAGUAUUAUUAUUGUUAUUUUUAUUUAAAGAUAAGCUAACAGAGGCGUAAGGAAAGACCUGUAACUGAGGAAUAAAUUCUACGGUCAACAGAAGACUUUCCUUUCGACGUGGACCCAUCACUCGACAUCACCUUUGAAUCGUGCUGAUAUGUGAGUAAAUGAUUUUUCUACUGGGAAUAUUAAAAAGCGACGCUCACACACGCAGACCCUAUAAAUAAUUGUAUUUCUCGAUUUAAAGACAGUGUGAUUCUGUAUUUUGCGAUGAUGUUUGCCAGCGAUACCUUUAAUGCUGUUAUUUCUAACCUUCAUAAAUUGUUUAUUGGGAUCACUAAACGAUACAGAGGAAGGGUUUGCAGUAUUAUUAUUGUAGAUAUUGCAAAAAACAAUUAAAUGCUGUAUUUCGAGCAUCAGGCUGUGUAUAAUAUAUUUAAAGCACGCCCAUUGGCUACAAUGAAGUCAUGUGGAGGCAUGUUUCAUUGCCUCCCGUGUAGAUGCUCUAUAAGAUGGCCUCUUCUGAUGUGGGCUUAAGAAAAGCCCUCUGUAGUGUUACACCCGCUUUGGUCAGUCGUAUUUGCCAUCUUUGUGGCGUCGCAGGCGUAUGUAUCAGGAUCUAUUUCAUCGGCUUUUAUUUGGCGUGGAGUGAUGGUCAUUUUCUGAUGUGCUCAUGUUGUUGUUGGGCGUGUGUGGUGUCCUCAUCAAAACAGGAGGGGUACCCCCCUGUCAAACACAGGGAAUGCAAAUGGCUGAUGGGGGGUGAGAGGGUGUAUAAAAGGGAGCAGAUGCUGAGUGAAAUGUUGUGGUGGUUCCCUCCCCAUAUCAGACUGCCCCCCACCCCCACCCCUAUGUUGUUACUCAGCCCUGUAAUCCCUGAGCAGCCUGAGUGACCAUCAGCAGGGCUGCCUCAGUCUCCUGGGCUUUCAUUACAACAACACUGUGUUGUGAAAAGACACAGCUCGAAACACUAAGCAAGGGGGGAGUUAUGAUUGAAAGUUUGAUUUAUGAUUUAUUUUGGAGAUUUUGAACAUAAUACAUGAAUAUAACAACUGCAAUAUAAACACCAUACUUAAAGAAGGGUUGAAACUAAAACUACAUCUUUGGAACCUGGUAGAAAAAGGGCAGUUUACCUCCCACCCACCUCUCAUCCUAACAGAAAAUAAUAAUGGGAUAGGGUACAAUAGGUACAAGCAGUAAAGACAGUGGUAGUCCAAAAUCAACUGUGCAUACCUGUAUAUGGCCCAUACAGAGACCGACAUAUGUGAUGACUGAAAGUUGUGUGUUGAUGUGCUCUGUAUGUUGUUUUAGAAGACACAGGAGAUAAUGUUGAUAUUCCAUUGUGCCUCAUUUGACUGUCAUUCUAGACAGCAGUUUGAGAUAUCUGUAUCUGAAUAUAUGUUCAUAACAUCAAGUUACUCUAUGAAGGGACAAUUUUAAAGCCAAUUAUUCAUAUUUCCACUUCGACUUAAUGGUGCAGGCCAGGGCAUGUUGAAAGCUAUGACGCUCUGGGAACAGCAGUUACAGAAAAGUGAUGUUCUCACACAGAGAGAUCUGACUUUGUGGCUCUGUGUGCGCAUCAUUAAAAUACUGGGAACAUUGUGGUAUAAGUGGUCAAGAAAUUACAGGAAAUUUGUGUAAGUUGACGGUUAGAGGUGACUCAGAAAUAUGAUAGUGGUUUGGAGAAAAAUAAAAGAGAAGUCGCCCUGUUAGCUGUAAGAAGAGGAAAUCCGCCAUGUCCUUAUUUGUGCUGCCUCGAUGAAGAAAACUGGUGAAUGAAGAGAUUGCGCUGACUUGGGAGACUGUGAGUCACUCACUUCCAGUCUUGAGCUGACACAAGCUUGCCUGCAAUAAGUGAGAGAGACAGAAGAUGGUAGAAAAUCGUGUGGAGAAUAAAAAAUCAAGUCCGGUUGAAUCAGGCCUAUUUAUAGAUUGUCUGUCUCUAAAGCAGGUCUCCAAGGAUUAGAGAAGAUGAAAGUGGAGGAUAACAAAGGCAUGAGUUCAGUGUGUCUUAUUUCAAUCUUCUGAAACAGCAAAUGAUAUAAACUUUGAUACUGAGGAUACAUCUGUUAAAACUGACAUAUUCUGGUUGUCUUCCCACACAGAAGACUUAGAGUUUUUCCAAAUAACAAAACCCAUCACUUGAUUUGUAGUUUCUUUUUUCGCUUCAGAGAGAGAAACGCUCAGACUUCACUUCUGCGUUCAGUUUUAUCGUUGUUGCCAUGGCGAAGGAUUAGAUUUAAUUUUAGUCCUCUGCUUCCUGUUGAGGGGGAGGAAUAGAUGCAGUUGAUGUAAUGGUGGUUGGAACUGGAGAUUAUUUUUAUAUUUAAUCCUGGACUUUAUUUGAUGACACAUCUGCCAUGCAAUGAGAUGUAUGUAAGGCAGUAUUUCAGGCAAUGCCCACCAAGAAAGCAGAGGUGGCUCUACAGAACAGAUUCUAGUGUUUGACAGAAUUGAAGAGAGCUUGCAACCAAUUUAGUGUAACUUUUAUUCCCUCAAACUUAUUCUUGAUCACUAAUAUAUAGGGUAAUGUAAUUUAAGAUGUGCAGAGUUGUGUUUGCACAUAUUUUCUGCUGCUAAAAAGAGCAUUCAAUCUAUCAAAUACUCUUUCAAAAGACCAUUAUGUGUUUUUAAGUGUCUCUAUCAAUCUGCCCAAUGUGUCUUUCCAACAAGGAAACAAGACUAGUUGCAGCAUAGCUCGAAACAUGCAUCUAUCAUGAUGUCAGGAUGAUGCCUUGGUUAAGUCAGUGUCUGUCAAUGUAUUGUGAAAUGACAGCUUAACUCAUACCUCCUCCUGAAUCAAAAAUGCCAGAAAAAAAGAUGCAACAUAAAAGCAAACCCUGCUAUUCAGAAGUGCUGCUGCUGCUGCUGCUGCUAAACAUAUUUUCCCAUUUUAUAAAAUCCAGCACUGAAGGAGAUCAAAAGAGGCAGAAAUGUUUUUGCUGUUUGGCAUGCUGAGUCACUGGGUAAACCCACAAGGCUCCCACACUGCAGAGCAUGAAUAAAUGGCAUCAAAACAGCUAUCAGCUAAUCAGGGAACAUUGGACAUAAACACUCAUUAACACCCGCAGGCGAACACACUGCAAGUCUACCAGCAAGCCAGCAGUAAUGAGUCACCAUUUUAAAAGAUCGCCUCACUUGUGGAGGUUAAACAGAAUUAUGAAACAGGAGGUUUGUUUGGCUGUUUUUUGUUGUUUUGCACAAUGGAGUAGGUGCAACAAUCGUCUAAAUCGAAGGUUUUUCUGACUUGCUUGCUACAGAUAGAAAAAUCACACUCAUCCCUUUAGUAUGACCGUGCCAAAGCAGUUUCUUAUCCUCUGUUUUCCAUGUUUUCAUGUUAGUGGUCAGUUGCACGCCCUAAGCCUGUUAGCAGUGCUUAGCGUUCGGUCCCAUCGUUUGGCCUCAUGAGGCAAAGGCGGCACACUCAGCCAACAGCUUUAAAGUCAGUGUCCUUAGAGGCUGAGGUACGGUCACAGCUUUUUGGUGCCACAGUUCUUAGCAUUGACACAUCCACCAUGGACAAGGGGGAUAACUUUAUGCUCGCUCCUUCAUGUCCCAAUAGGGGGAAAUAAUAGGCCGCUGUUUAUCAGUUAGCCUGUGAGUGUGGAGGAACUGCAGAGAGAGAGAUAAAACAGGCUCUUUAGCUGAAGCACAAUAAGCUGGUCCUGCUCUGAGAGGGCUUCCAGGGCUCCAUGCUUUGUGAUAAAGCUGUAACAAGCUGACUCACAGGCGCUCCCUCUAUUCUUUUCAUUUCCCCGACAUUGUUAUGCAGGGAAUAUACGUCGUCUGAAUAUUUCCACUCUAAAAGUUUCGAAAAAGCUUUUUGCUGUACUGUGAUGCACUCUCUCUGCACUUUUUCUUACCCCAAGUUUCUUUCUCCUUUUUUUCCUGUAGAGGCAUGUGUUUUACUUUACAUAAUCAGUCAUGGCAUAAAGCAAGGUCAAUGGUCCCAAACCCUCCCAUGUUUCAUGGUGAAAUAUGGUGUUUUUACAGACAGGAAUGCAUGUUAAAUGCUUCCAGAUGCUGUAAUUACAUUUAGUUUUUUUCCUCAGUGUCACACACAUUUGUAAUGUACAUGCUGCAUACUUAUACUCCUCAGUUUAAUGCAACAAUUACCAUGUGUUCCAAGAAAGAUUUUAGAAGUUAGAGACAUGAUUUAUGUUUGCCAAGUCUGCUUAUUAGAAACGGUUCCAAAUCCAUUUUUUUUAAUCUAAAUCAAGCAAUUUGUUUUGAAUGCAUAAUAAAAGCCCUGUCCUUUUUUUCUCCUCUUCACUUCCAGCCCUCUGUGUGGGAAUGGGAAAAGAUGGAGGAUAAGGGGCCUCGUGUAGCCGACUACUUUGUGGUUGCUGGCCUGACAGACUCGCCCAAGCCUUUGGAGGAAGAGCUUCACCUAGAUGAUGCCGGUCCCAAGUCUGUGAAAUCCAAUGCCCCCAUCACUGAUGUCGCUGUGGUGAUCCGCUCCCUGGGUGAGGAAGUACCCCCUGGUUUUACCUGCGUGGAAAGCACCCCCUCAGGCCUCUCUGCAGAGCUCAAUGGAGCCAGCCUCAGGGGCCCGCAAAUCUUCUUGUGCUUCAAGCGAGGCAGAGAUAAGCCUCCUCUGACAGAUCUUGGGUAAGCAGUAAUCCUCAGUCACUGACCCUUUACUCAGCCAGCAACGCUAAUCACUCCUCUGCUGUGGGUCACCAUAAUCUGCUCUUAAACACAUCCUCUAGUAUGACAUCUCUCAGUCAAUCCAAUCUCUCCGAUAAUAAUUUUAGACUAUCAGGUCUUAAAAGAAUCACAGGAUGUGUCAGCCUCACACUGUUUUGUGUUUUAGGAUUCUGUACGAGUGGAAAGAGAAGCUGAAGCCAGGAUGUCACAUCGUCCAGACCACGCCCUCAGGUCGCCCCGCCAACAUCAGCAGCUCAUCAUCCCAGCGCAUCUAUAUCACCUACCGCCGUGCCCCCAAGAGCCAGCCUCACACUUCACUGGCUGUCACUGAUGUCUGCAUUAUCAUCCCAGGCAAGGGGGAGACACCCCCUCACACCUUCUGCAAGGUGGACAAGAACCUGAACAGCAGCAUGGUGAGAAAGAGCACUGAGAACUCACCUGCACUGAUAAGCCUGCCUCAAUAAUGCAGGACGUGAUUGAUCUGUGGUGUUUAUCUCUUCUUUUGUUCCAGUGGGGAUCUUCUGUUUACCUUUGUUAUAAGAAGUCUCUGGCUAAAGCAAACACAAUCUCAUACAAAGCAGGUAAAGACUGGAUUCAGAGCUGUUAACCAUUCAUGCAUUAGAGUGGGAUUAUUAUCUGAAUAAUGAAAUAACUGUUAAAAUUAUUUGUUAAGCCGAAAAUCAAUAAGUAAACCAUUUUUAUUUAUAAAGAUCCAGAUCACAACAAUAUUAUCUCAUGACAGUUUACACAUGAAUCAGAUUCAAACUUUGUUGUUAGUUUUGUGGCGUCCAACACCACAACUUUAAAAAAGGCAAGCAGUGAACUCUGUGAAAGUUGGAACUGGCAGAAACCUUGAGAAAAACCAGACGUAUUGCUGUGUAACCAUCUGCCAAUUUUCCAUGUGAAGAAGGUUUGACAUCUAUGAUUGAUUGUGUUUGACUUGGUUGUAUGUGUGUCUUUGUGUCCAGGUCUGCUGUGUAGGUACCCUGAAGAAGACUACGAGUCUUUCCCACUGCCAGAGUCAGUACCUAUGUUCUGCUUGCCCAUGGGGGCUACAAUCGAGUGCUGGCCAGCACACACCAAACACUCCUUACCUGUUUUUUCCACAUUUGUGCUGACGGGGGCCUCUGGAGAAAAGGUAUAACCACCGGGUUUCAUUACAAAUCAUCAAACUGAUUUAAAAUGUGGACUCUCAUUUGUUGAAAUGAUCUUACUGUGUCCUGCAGAAUGCACAGAAACUUUCAAACAUGCAUAGGGAUUUUUCUAUGAGAAAGUUUUAAUCACAUCAUCAUUACAUAACAAAAAUAUACACACAAAAACAAAAUCAAAUUUUUAUCGGAUUCUUUCCCCCCAUACUCAUCACGCCUCUAAUAUCUCAGCUCAUUAGUGUCCCUUAUGGAUUCGUUUGUAGAUGAAGUGCAGUACUAUUUUUGAGAAUACCAGACAAUCCUAAUCAACUUCUCAACUGGAGAUGGAAUCUAAAAUAGUCGAAGGGCUGUGGCUGGAAUACUAAAUGGCCGUUAGUCUUUGAAAGCAAUGCAGCAUAAAAGAUUUUUUUUUUUUUGUGGCUCAUCUUUUGAAUAAUGGAUAGCUCAUGCAGCAUUUUUAUCCGCUCGAUGCCUCAGCGCUCCUUCUCUGCAACCUCUAGUCUUCAGACUGGUCUCCUGGCGUUGCCUUCCUGAAUUUAUUUGGGAAGAACAGCUUCAAAGAACUGAGAAUGAUUGCGCUUAUUUAUUAUGAUGCAUAUUCUCGAGUGGAGCCACCACAACUUCUUACAUGAUUAGUCUCAUUCAAUGGACCGCUGACUUCUGCAAUUUGCAUCUUUGUUAAGUCUGAACCUCCAGAGCAUGUCUGUCUGAGUGCAUAUUGGUGCGUGUGUCAGAUAGUCCCGUUCACCCUUGCACUGAUCUUUCUCCUUGCAGGUGUACGGAGCAGCCAUCCAGUUCUAUGAGCCUUACUCAGAGGAGAACCUGUCUGAGCGUCAGCGCUCACAGCUUGGCCUGCCAAGUUCUCAUCUGGGUUCUGAUGGGACCCGGAGUGUUUACAACAACAAGAGCAUCUGUCUCCUCUCCCACUGGCCCUUCUUUCAGUCCUUCAGGAGCUUUCUCACAUUUCUCUAUCGAUACUCCAUCUCUGGACCACAUGCCCUGCCUAUUGAAAAGUAAGUGGUGUUUCACAGAUUCACGCUCUUUUCUAAAGUUUGUCCUUCACUCUGGUUUAAACAUUCAGAUCCGUUUUUAGUCUCACUUUAUUAAGUAAUGAUGUUUUUACUCGCAGGCACAUCUCUCAUUUCAUGCAAACGGUGCCAUUCCCCUCCACCCAGAGACCACGCAUCCUGGUGCAGGUGAGUUUGAAUGUUACAUUUGAUGAGUCAGCUAACUCCUUCACACUUAUAUCUUAUAUUUGUUGUUUUGACUCAAAUGUCUUCAUAGUCUUGAGUUUAAUCCUUCACCUGCUGAAGCUCUAAUGCCUUAUUGCUCUUCUGUGUCUCACACAGCUGUCUCCACAUGACAGCCUGAUACUGAGCCAGCCCGUCUCCUCCCCGCUGCCUCUAAGGUACGAAAAAAAACAGUAAAAAUGUGAAGUAUGAGCAGGAAGAUGUCAUGUAUUUGCUGCCGCUUUGAUCAGGAACCUUUUGAUUUAUUUUGAUGUGUGUUUUUUUUUUGGUUUUCUAGCGGUGGAAGUCUGUCUACAUUACUGUUGAAUUUGGGCCCAAAGAACGCAGCCACUCUGCUGGUGCUGGCUGUCACAGAGCACAAGAUCCUGGUUCAUUCUCUGCGUCCAGCUGUACUCACCAGUGUUACGGAGGCCCUGGUUUCUGUGAGUCCUUUAUUUUUCCCACACAUAUCAUCUUAAUGAGUCUAAAGAGGGUGGUCUUUAAGUGAUUUAAUAGCUAAUGGUGGAUGUACUAUGAGGCACGACUCAAUUAAUUACAGAAGAUACUGGUGUAAUGCAUGGUCUGCAACAAUUGCCCAUAAGGUUGUCAUAAAAAGCUGGAAAUAAGACAGAUUGCUUGCUGACUAUGCGAUGAAGUAUAUCACAUUAUGAAAGAUAUUGUGAAUGUACAGUAUAUGCAGGGCUCAACAGUGCGACCAUUUCACUCACAUUUGCGGCUAAAAAUAGAUGUGUGCGAAAAAUGUAUUUAGGGGCACAUGUGUGCAUAAAAAAAAUUAGCUGAGGCAAAAAAUGUUUUUUCAUGUAAAUACCGCAGUGAAGUUAGUUUUAUGUUGGAUAUUCAUGGACAUUCAUUGCAGAUCUACUGAUGUCUUCUAACUCAGAUAACCGGGAACAGCAACAGCAGCGCGGUUAAAUCUACUCAGCAUCCUUGCUGUCAACGUCAGGUGUUGAAUAAGGGACCAUCAAUAAAUUACCGGUUGAUGUUCUCAGAAAAGGCUGUUUUCCUUCAGUAGCUUCCAUGUCACGUGAUCAAAAGACCUAAAAUUGAUUUUAAAUAAUAGUACUUAUGUCGACCAGUAAAACAAACAUUAUUUGAUCAAUUUUCAUUGUGCCUCGUAAGUUCUUUCAAUGUCAAAAAAGUGUUAAAAGUUAGUGUCAAGCCCUGAUAUGUCAUAUAACCUGGAACACAGCCUUCUGUCUCCAAGCAUUUAAGCUCCUCACUCUCACAAAUGUAAUGAUAAAAAUGUCUCCUCUCCAUCAGAUGAUUUUCCCUUUCCACUGGCCGUGCCCCUACAUCCCUCUGUGCCCGCUGGCUCUGGCUGACGUGCUCAGUGCACCGUGUCCUUUCAUCGUGGGUGUUGACUCCAGAUACUUUGACCUCUACGUGCCCCCAGCUGACAUAAGCUGUGUGGAUCUGGACACCAACACAAUCUCACAGUAAGUGACCCCUAACCGCUCUGUGAUGGAUGGCCUCCUUCAACUUUAAGACAGGCGGCCUGAAAUCAUCUCUGCUCCGUCAAGGUUUUUAUAGACUCUCCCCAGUGUUAUCUGCGUCUUCCCGUGUGAGUCUCUUAUGUAAUGCUAGGAACUGGAAUGUGAAAUGUUCUUACAGCAAAAGCCCAUUUGGGGUACCGCUGGAGUCCCACAUCCAUUUAAAAGCUUUCUGUGGAGAUUAGAUUGUCAGUCCACGUUUCUGUGAAUACAUCUUCCUUCUUAUAUCACUUAGCAGCAUUUCAUCAUUAUCCUCCCUUUUAAUGAAAACCAUAUGGUGUGCUUCCAGAAAAGAUGACAAGAAGGCUUUGACAUGGAAAAUCCUGCCCAGGAGAGCCUGUAAACAUCUUCUGAACACUCUGAAUAAGAUCCAUCAGCAGUUGACUGAAGGUGAGGCAUGUCUAAUGCGGUGUUGGUUGUGGAUUUAUGAAUAAUUUAGGCUCACUCCUUCAGUCUGUCGAGUCAGCCUGUACAGUCAGUUUUACAGGGAAGCCUUAUGGAUGCUUACGUUGUAACAUGAAACCAAUAGUUAAUGCUGAUGUAUUCUGGGUCAUUAAUUCUUAUGGUAAAUCUGUUUCCUUUCAUCAAACGUUAUCUACAUCAACAAAAAAUCUUAUUUACUGUAAAUCCCAGAAUUCAAGAGUCAGAUUUCAGCAUACUACUACGUGUCAAAUUGUUUGAGGCUUUAUUAGAUGAUCACCCUCAAGCAAAAAUAGACCCAUCUGUCUCCUCUUCCAUAGAUUUCGCUCUCUAUAAUGUUAAAUAUUGAUGCAGAAUGAAACUCAGCCUAGAAAAGCAGCGCUUUGAUUGUGGCUGAUUAACAUCUACCUUUCAUGUUGUUUGCUAUCACUCUCCAUUUGAGUUGACCUGGAUAAAAUAAUGAUGCAAUAUGAGGUGGUUUGAUGCGUAAUGCUGCUUUCAUAGUCGUGCUAGAUGUGUAGCUUAAUCUUCUAAGUUAUGGCUCUGAAUUGAACAUGAAUUCAACACGUAUGAACUUCUAGUUAUCUUUAUAUUGGCACAGUUCUCAAAGCAUUCGAACUCAGUGGCCUCUGUAUUUGCUCUUCAGUAUAGCUCAGAAGAAGGUCUGAUUUUCCUUUGCAUGUUUGAUAAUUGUACUUAAUUAUCAAAGAAUUGUAAUACCUUUUAUUAAAUAAUAAUAAUACAAAUACUAGUACAAAUUCUACUACUCACAACAACAAAAAACAAAAAAUAAUAAUAAUUAAAAUAGAUAGAUAAAUAAUAAUAAUAAUUAUUAUUACUAUUAGUAGUAGUAGUUGUAGUAGUGGUAUUAUUAUUAUUAGUGCUAUUAGUAUUAUUAUUAUAACGUUACUUAGAUAGCACUUUUAAGACAAGAGUUUACAAAGUGCUUUAAUGUGCAGGAAAAAAAGAAGAUAAAAAUAACAACAACAACAAGAGAACACUCGGGGGAAAUGUCACACUACUGGCAAUAAAGAAAAAAAUAAAAAUAAAAAUUGGUGGAAGACAUAAAAGCUUUGAUGAAUGUCACAUGAGCCGAGAUGUCAUUAAAACAAAGACAUUAAAACAAAAACAUUUUAAGAGCUGGUGAUACGCAGCCAACAAAGGAACCCAAUCAUAAAAACCUGAGACCAAGGGGACUAUUAUAAAACAUGAAGAAGAAGCAUAAAAAAAGACAAAAUCACAUAAAAGCAAGUCUAAAAAAAUGAGUUUUGAGACUUUUUUUAAAAUCCGCGCUGUAGUUUUUUUUCCUCUUGUUUCUCUUUUUUUUUUUUUUUAAGAAUAUUUUCUUAGAAAUUUUUUUAAGCGUCUUAAUGUAAGUCUAACUUUUAUCUAACACCAGGAGGUCAGCUUAACCGUGAAGACGUGCAGAUGGAGCACACAGUAACUGACAGCGAGCUGAACGGCGGGAAGAGCCUCCACACACUAGAGCUGGAGAUCCAGGAAGUCUUCCUGCGCUUCAUGGCCGCCAUCCUGAGAGGAUACCGCUCCUACCUGCUGCCCAUCACACAAGCCCCCUCUGAGAAGACCACAGAUGCCAGCUCCCUCUUUGACAUUCAAGGUACAUUUUAUGUCCAUGUAGAUUCUCAUUCAUCCAGGUCAUGGUUAUCUUGAAGACUUAAAAACAGGCAACUCUACACUGUCCAGUUGCCUGUUUUUAAGUCUUCAAGAUAAGGUACAUUUUAGCCUCACUCUGAACUGUGUUACGCUCUUUAAUCACAAAGAUGUAUUGACAAGCUGUUGUUUCAGCAUGUUAAUGUGAUUUAUUGUAGCUGGUCAGGGGGAUAAGGUCUGAGUUGCGCCACAUCAAAUUUUUGUCAUGAAUCACUGCUUGUAAUGACUCCGGCGAUUUAACUUAAGCCUCAGUGGAAAUUAGGCUUGGAUGACAAGGCGGAGGAGCCACCAUGAUUAAUAGGACAAUGUCCCGGCACAUCUGCGUGCUCUUAUGCAAGCAGAGCGGUGGGGAACAACUUGUUUUAUAUGCAGUAUUCAUUUCCUUAAAAUCUGCCCUUUGAAACAGCUUGAUGAGUAAAUGUCAUGUUUUGUAAUCGCAUGUUAAUUUCCACUCGUUGAGUUUGUCGUUACAUAAUCUGUUUUGUUUUGCAGGCUUCCUGAAGAGCCGAGACCGCUCCAAUCAGAGGUUUUACUCCCUCAUGACCAAAACUCAGAUGUUCAGCCGGUUCAUCGAGGAGUGCUCCUUCGUCAGUGAUAAAGACGCCAGCCUGGCUUUCUUCGAUGAGUGUGUUGAUAAGGUGAGGUUUGCAGCUAAUCUUUAUUAUGGAUUUUCUGCGUCACAGACAAUUCAUCAGACUAAGUGCACUGCUCCGCUGCUCCAAACUUCUGAAAUUUCAUUAUUUCAUCUGAACUCCACCUGCCUGCAGAAAACAAAAGCUUAGGCUUGUAGAGGGAAGAUGAAUCACAUGUUGUGUGAUUCUUGAGAAAGAUGUCUUGUUAAGGACUUGGUUUAAUUUGAAAGAGGUAAUAAAAGAAAAUAACAGGAGCUUGCAGAAAUAAACAAGCUGUAAUUAACACCCCAGCAUCACCCUGGAGCCUCUUUUUAACGGCACUUAGCUCUUCUCAUCUUGAACGUCCUUUUUCCUUUCAGCCCUUUAAAAAGUGCUUCUCUGUUGAUUGUCGCUUUAUCUUGUUCUUCUCCUUCUUCUGAUUUUCUGCUUUUUUUGUCUUUUCUGCUGCUCUGUUUGUCAUCAUGGCUCCUGUCUCAUAGCUAUUUACCACUGGAAGCAAGGUAAGAAAACAAAGCUUGUGCUGUACUUUUCUGUUUUGACCUUUUUUUACGCGAUAGUAUCAACAGAUUCGAUCAAAAUCAGAGUGUUUUUCAUUGUUUUUCGAGCAUGACUCAGCUCAGAGUUUUUGUGUGUGCGUGCUGGAUAUAAUUAGCUACUUUUAAAAGUGAAGCUUAAAGUGCAGGAAUGUGAAGAUGAGGGUUAGCUGUCAGUGUGUGUCAGCAGUCUGCAUUAUUGAACCAGGUGCCAUUAAAACUGAGCACUCAGAGAUGUUGCGCAGAAAUGUACGACACUCUCAAGUGAUGCUUAGACAGUGAAAUAAAUUAUUUGUGCUUGCCAAUCGCUGACUCUGCUUACUUUUCUAACUCCAAAAGCCUCUCUAAAAUAGAUUAUGAAGCACUAUAGCGGAAGUUAGGCAGCAUUUGUUGUUUGUCAAACUGAAUUUUGUUGUUAAGAUUCGAUCAAGUGGACUAAUCCUGCUCAUUUAGUGUGAGUGGUAUGAAGAUUUGACAGCUUCUAUCAGCAGAACCCGCCCACACGUGUUUUGUAACACAAAAACAUCCUCGUCUCUUCCAAAAAAAAACCUCUCUGUUCUUGCAAACUUGUGAAAUCAGGAUGUCAGAUUCACAGAGCUCCUGUAUGAGUGGUCAUUGUGGUCAUUAUUAUUGGGAAGUGGAAGCAUAGAUCCGCUUUGGUGCUGAGGUUGACAACAAGUGCGUGAUUGAGAAAGGCCCUGUGGGUGUAAGAGGAAGGGCAGCAAGCGGAGAAACACUGAGCAGAAUCGAAGCAGGGGCAAAUAGGUCAGAGGGAGUCAGUUGACUGAAUCAUCCACUCGACUGAGUGGAACAAAGUCUCUAACGCAGAGGCACGGGGGAGUUAUUCAGACCCUGCCAUAAUAUUAGUGUUUUAGUGAAGCCCAUGUUUCAGAUAAGCUGGUAAUCGAUUUCGAUAAGCCGAGUCACCGCAUAUCAGCAUUUCAGGCUCUUAAUGAUCACGGUCAGACAGCUAUUCAGCAGAGAUUUCCUCCUGAAAAAGAAACACAGGGGCUUUACUGUGCAGCACAAAAGAGCGAUACCUCUGUUGUUCUGAGACAGGCCCAUUUCUCCUCACAUCAAAUGAGUUAGACUGUCUGAGCUGGAAUAAAAUGUGGCGGUUUAGUAUCUUCUGCUAAAGUGGUACAUUUUAAUGGUUUCAUGUCCCCGGAGCAACAUGGCAUUCAUUUGGUACAGGUCACUGCAGCCUGGAUUAAUGUAGUCCUGGAGGAUUCAAAGGAUCAAGCUGCUUCCUUGGCAGCACCCUCAUGAGUCCUGGAGUGGGGGCACAGCCUUACUUUCGAUGUAAACUAACUCAGUACUGACAUCUGUUUGUCCUCUUCACUGACCCUCAUGUCAGGUCUGAUCAGAGAGCUUGUACAGUCUUAGAAAAACACGAGCCCACAGGCCGCAUUAGUGCCCUUGGAUAUUUGUUUACUGCGAAGCUAAGAGGAAAAAGGAAGAAAAAAAGGAUGAUGACUGUAUGCAUUUCUCUUGAAAACCAGAUGGACAGUGAACGCCCAGAGGAAACCAGACUGAUUGAACUGGAUGAAUCACACCGCAGUGAGCACACGGUCUAUGUCAACCCUCCGGAGCUGCCGCCACUACCGGAGGGAGAGGAGCAUCCUCUGUGCUACAGGUACCACACUGAACUAGAAAUGACAGCUACAAGACAGGCUGUUUCUCCCUUAUACAGAGCCUUACGUAAACAGUUCAUGAAUACUUCUCAAUGAUACAUUGCAGCCUUCAAAGGAGUGACUCGGCACGAUUUGUCUUGAUUUUUAUAGACUUUAUCACCGCUUUAAGGCUUUGUAGUCAUUCGAGCUGAAACACGUCUCCUUUAGAUUCGUUAGUCAGUGCCCAAGCUUCAAGGCUGACUAUUCUGCUUGUCUUUUUUUGCUCACUUGUGUUUAUGUUGCAUCGAUGUCUUAUAUCAUUUUACAAAUUUGAGUGAGUAUACUUUCUCUGCAGCUACUCUGGGUUCCCUGUGCUGAAAGCUGAGCUUCUGGAGCCGCUGGAGGGACCAAAUCCUUCAUCAGGAGGCAUGGCCUCACGCCACAGCAGCCCAGCCAGCCCUACAGCCAUCUUUAGACGCUCCAAGCAGGUCAGCUUUGGGAAUAGUUGUAACACCUCACAAAUAAGUUUGAUUGGUUCUUUAUUUCUAAAAUGUUUAUGAGAUUACAGUAGACAGAAGUCAGCAGUGAUGGUAAUGAUUAAAAAAUGUACUGCAUGUGAAGCUGGUCAAAAAAUAAACAUUAAAUAGCCAACAGUGAUUUAUCUCAUACGGUAUCCUUUUUUAAGAUUGUCUAAUGUUGAUAUAUUACAGAUUUUUUUAGCUGAGAUAUUCACCCAUAAUGAUUAAUAAAGGUAUAACUGUUAAUAACUGCCCUUGGUUGCUCGUUCAUCUUCAUGUGGAAUCUUUUUUUCUGCCUUAGGAGAUCAAAUCAGCUCAAAGAAUGGCCAAAACCCACUCGUCUAUGCCUCAGAUGUGGUCCAAGUGUCUGCUGCGCCACUGUUACGGCCUGUGGUUCAUCUGCCUGCCCGGAUUUGUUGGGACCUGCCACUCGAAGGUGCGAGCUCUGCGCACAGCUUAUGAUGUGCUGAGGAAGAUGCAGGACAAGAAGUUACAGGCUCCAGAUGAGGUAAGACAGACACAGACGAAAUCCCUUUAGACUGAAAUUCAUCGUUCAGGUUUUUCAAUCUUGAUGUGUUUUUUUGCUCCAGGUGUGUUACCGUGUGUUGCUGCAGCUGUGUGGACAGUACAGCCAGCCAGUCCUGGCAGUCAAGGUGUUGUUUGAGAUGAAGAAAGCUGGAGUCCAACCCAACGCCAUCACAUAUGGGUACUACAACAAGGUCAGUACCACUUUUUUAUUGUGGGUGAGAAGUAAACAAGCAAGUUAGACUCAAGUUUGAACAGGUCUGUCCAAAUGUGAGUGCUUACACUGUUCAUGUUUAUUGUUUAAGGCGGUGUUAGAAAGCACCUGGCCCUCCACCACUAGAGGAGGCUACUUUUUGUGGGGCAAGCUGAGGAACGUGGUCUUGGGUGUGCUCCAGUUUAAGCAAGCAGGAAGAAACAAGACACCGCUCAGAGAUACUCAGCUUUCAGGUAAGGAAAAAAUGAAGCUCUGAUACAACCAAGUAAAACAUCACCCAAUAUCAGUUUAUGAAGGUUGAGCUUGUGGUGGUAGUAUCUCAGGAGGUAGAGCGGUCGUCCAAUAACUGGAAGGUUGGCGGUUCGAUUCCCCUCUAUUCUUUGUCUGUCCAAUAUGUCCUUGGGCAAGACACUUAACCCGUCUUGCUCCCAGUGUGUGUUCUCCACUGGUGUAUGAUUGUGAGUGUUGUGUGGUGGUGGUUGGAGAGGCAGUGGACGCAAAUUGGCAGCCAUGUUUCCAUCAGUCUGUGCCUCUGUGGCAGCUGUGACUACUAAGAUAGUUUACCACCACCAGGGUGUGACUGUGUGAGUGAAGGAAUGAUGUAUCCAAUAGGGUUGUCAACGAAUACUCAAAAUUCAAAUAAAAAAAAAAGAGAUUCUAAUGUGAAAAUUAAUAUUUGAAUAUUAAAUAAACAGAGGGAAAAAAUUGAGUGGGAAAAGAACGGGAAAAAAAAACAGCGGCUGCUUUGUGAGUGAGCGCAGUGUAACAACGGGUCAGGGACAGGUCACAGGAUCUGCACAUGCAGUGAGACUUGACAAAAACCGUCCAUGGCACAUGAAGAGAGAGAGAGGGCGGGAUGUUUGGAGCCAAACUCGGAGAGAGUAGUCUGGACUCCAACGAACUUUAGAAGUCUGUUUGGAAAUUCUUUGGAUUUUGGGCAGACACGGUAGACGGAAAAAAUGCUGAGCUAGAUGAAGUUGUAUGCAAGCUGUGUAAGCUAGAUAUUCAAACAUGUCUGAACCUAUGUGUUAUUUUCAGAGCAAUUUUGACAGCCCUAGUAUUCAGUGUAAAACACUUUAAUGGUCUCUGAUAAAGCUAAAAUCUAAUGCAUUAUUAUUAUUAUUAUUAUUAUUAUUAUUAUUGUUGUUGUUGUUGUUGUUGUUGUUGUUGUUGUUGUUGUUAUUAUUAUUCAAUGCCUGUAAAUAAUUAAGGCCAGAAUGAAAGUCUACGUUAAAUCAGGACUAUUCAUGUCUGAAGUGAAUUGGUGUUGCUCAGCUGUAGUUACUCCACAAUGAUGCACACAGUCGGUAAAUGAUAUGGCCCAAAGAUGAGGGUUUUCCGUUCCUCCUGUGAUCUUUGAUGAAUAUAAACAAGUCUGACCCUGUGGGAGCAGACGUGUCUUUAAGGCUUCGCUGCCGGUUUCAUUACAAGACGCAGCCUCCUACAGCACAUAUCGCUCCCGACCCGCUUUUCUUUAUGGCGUUAAUUAAACAGAGAGAAGAGGCUUUUCUCUCCAGCAGUCUCAGCACACAGGUCGCUCUUGAUGUCAGUCCCUUUUUCCCACAACAGCCCAGUGAGACCCUCAUUACCAUAACGGCAUGUAUUUGAGAGGCUCUGAUGAAACAUUAUGCUUAGCACCAUGCUCUUUGUACUGCAAGGACGGCUGAAUAGACGCCCAUAUAGAGGAUUUUACUCAGAAAUCAUACGGUGGAAAAGAUGCAUCAUCUCACUUGUUCUUCUAGUUCUUUGUUUGAGUAAACCUUUUUUAAAUCACAUGGUGCAUUUGAAAGUUUUCACUCUGCUCUUACUCUGCUCUGCUUUGAAUUCAAAGACAGUAAAGUGAAAUGUUGGUGUCGUUUGGAUCUCUGGCAUCCCUUUAUGUUCAUUUUGUGGCAUUCAAAGCACUCCUGCAGCACUGGGUUCACUGAGUGUUUAUGUGUGGAAGUUAAACCAGCUGGUCUUAUGAUCUUGUCGAUUCAGAGUCUUUUGUUUUUGCGUCUCAUCCUCACUCUUCUCUGUUAUCUCCCUUCAGACGGCAGUGAUCUUGACACAGUCAGUCAUGGCAGCUUGGACAGCGCUAAUGACUCUGCUGAGCGUACUUCCAUCGACACUGACUUCACUAAAAUGGACUCCAGUGAUGAUGGAUUUAGCACAGGUAAGGAGCCAAAAAUCUUCAUCUAUUUCACUCCCAUACUUUAAGUUUGUCACUGCUGCUUUGUUGUGGCCUUGAAAUGUGGUCCAAAUUCAGUUUUCUGAUUCUGACAAGGGAUGUACUGAUCCAAUAUUUGGAUAUCAGCUCCGAUAUUGACAAAUUUAUUGGAUCGGACAGCUGAUGAAUGAUGCUGAUCCAGUCUUUUUUUAAAUUAAUUUUUCUUUGAAUACAUAGAAGUCUUACUUCUUUUUGCUAAUGUGCAAUUGGUUAUUUGUUAAUAAAAAAUAAGUAAAUUUAUAUCUGUCUUAAUUUGCUACCUUUUUUUAACAAGGCUAAUGUCAAGCCUGAUGCCCUCACUCACAGGGCAAGGUAUACAGUUCAUUCAUUCAGCAGUAGUGUUGGAUCAGUAUUGCAUAAUAGCAGAUGCGCUCAACCCAGGUUUCAGUAUCGGAUUGGAUUGGGGAAAAAAUGGAUCGGUGCAUCUCUAACUCUGACACCAUGGCCACAGUUUAAAACAUGAAAACAAAUAUAUAUUUAUUUAUAUUUUUAAAGAAAUGUUAAAUCUUUACGCCGAUUGUCUUUUUGCUUUUGUUACUCAUAGAAAUAUGUUUUUUUCUAAACCGGUGAAAAAUUCCUCACAUGAGUUUGAAGUGGAUUAAAAAGAGGUGCUAAUUAAGUUAAUCACAUUGCAAUGACACCCCAAAAUAAUUGAGGUAGAUGUAAAGUGAACUCAACAUCUAUUAGGUGCAGUACGUAGUUAUCUGUACUCUGCAGAUGUAAGGUUACAAUAACCUGCACAUUUUAAUAGGAAACUGCAUUAAAACACAAUGAGGUAAUGCAAGACAAGUAUUACUUUAACUUUGCAACAACUUUUUAAGGCUUUGAUGAAAAGGGAGUAUUUGUUAUAGAGAAACUCUGUUUCUUUACAUUUUUUAUGAUGCAUUGCAGAUAGAUAAAAGUCGACUCUUUGGGGAUUAUGGUUAUCUAUUAAAAAGCUUCAUACUCAGCUCAUAGUUUGUUUUAUCCCUCAGCAGCAAACAGUUGAACACAGCAGAAAUUCCAUGAGAAUAGAAUAAAUCACAGUGGAGGAGUUUUGUACUUGCAGUGUGACCUUGUGAAUAUGAUGCAUUCAAAGACUCUGUUCCUCGCUCGCUACUUCUGCCUUUCUAUUCUGGGAGUGUUGCGUGUUGAAAGCUGUAGGGAAUGUCACCACGCUCUGCUGAAGAACAACUCUGAGAUCAGUUGUUUCCUACAAAGCAUGCUGGGAGUCCAAACUAAAUGCCUGUUUUUUUGUAUGCACACAGCUCUUUCUGAAAUGUCAAAGUAAAAGAACUCAGUUUUUAAAGGGUAGAGCUUCUUAUCUGUUUCAGGUGGACAGUCGGACCAAGGCUAUGACUCACUGUCAAAAGAAGAGGAGAGGCUGUGCAGCAGAGAAAGUGACAACACACCACUAGUGGAGGAUAAAGGGCUGAGACAGUCCAGUGAGUGAAAGAUCGACUUCCAUCUCUAAUCUUUAACACCGAGUUUCUUUUCUGCUGGAGUGAAUCUUACAGCUCACAGGCGGCAAAGUGAACAGUUUCUCUUUAAAAGCUGGGGUAUCGUGUCACAGAGUGGGUGUGCUGCACCGCGCUCUCUUCACAUCCAUUUGCCGUUAUAUUUAGACGUUUUUUAGAAACAGAUUCUGUCGAUGGAUGAAGGUGUUAUGUAAGCAGGUUGUUGUUUGCAUGACAGGAUUUGUCCUGAAUUGGGUUGCCGAUAACGGCGUGCUGGUGUCUGGACCAAUCUCUGAUCCAGCUGCUAUCAUAAGUAGUCCUCGGUAAAAGGUGUGGUGUUCCCAUCAGAGGAUAAGUCCUUCCUCUUUGGUGCAGAAUACAGCGCAGUCAUGUUUUCACACUGAACAAACCACACAGCUGCUGAGUUUAAUAUUGGCAUCAAACCCAACAGUGCCAAAUGUUUAUAUAUCAUUAGCUCUAAUCGUCUCAUAAAACAAGUCAAAAUACGUCAUUACACUUGAUGUGCGCCACUUUAAGAGGACAAGUUCAGAUACAAAUCUCAUUUCGAGAUAUUACAUGCCAACAAUAAGGACUUGAUUGAUUGUGAUUAGUGAAAUGACUGCCAAUAUAGGAGGCCAAAUAAUAAAUAAAGAGUUUUGUGGAAUGAAUUGCUGUCAGACAUCUUGAUUACCUGAUCAAAUCUCCCUGACAAGUUGAUGUUUUUCAAUCUCUGCAGCCCCUGAGAUCGAGGUUCCAAUCAGCAGCAUCUCUCCUUCAACUCAAAGCUUUAAAUCCACAGAUGUCGAUGCAGGUAAGCUUGAUUUCUAAAGAGGAUUGGAAAUGAGCUGCUAUAAUUGUGUAUGGAUCUUAUGCUGACUGUUUAGGAGCUGAUUUUUUUUUAUCGCCUAUGUUUUUGUCACAGGCAGCCACAACAGGCCGGCUCCCAGCACACCCACUGAAGAAGAAGUUCUGUGUGAGGUUCUGCCAAAAUCUGAGAGGCCAAAAUCUCUGGACUUGUCUGGUGGAGCUGGAAGUCUAAGACUCGCCGUCCCAAAGCAGUCUCACCUGCAUGAGGUGGAGGAGGAGACAGAGGCAGACAAGCAGAAAUGUCAGGGGGAGGGGAGCGCUGAUUUCAAGAGGCAGACUGCGCACAGAGAAAGGAGUGUCAGCUGCAGUGCUGGGACUGCGAGGAGGACAGGUAUCGAAAGGGGCUUUGAUCCCCUGUCUCUGCUGGCAACGGGGGCGGGACAACAGUGUGAUCAGAACAGCAGCGCACCCACCGCCCGGCGGGAACUUGCCGAGGAGAUUGAGACGUACAUGAACAACGGCAACAGCCCCCUUGGCAGCAGCACACCCAGCAUGGACCUGCAGAGCCCCUCGAGCCCUUUCUUACACUCCUCCUCGUCUCCUCGCGCCUCCCCACGACCUUCCACCCUGCUGCGGUCCAACACACACCUCCCCCUGCCUGUCAAAUCGAAGGAGCGGUUGAGGCCAUCACCGUCUCUCCCUCUUGGUGUCUCUAGCAAAGACAGAGAAAGACCUUCCUCUUUGGUGUCGCCCUCAUCACCCACCCCCUCCAACUCGUCCUUCUCCAUGGACUCCCUGUUCACCCCGACACUGGACAUCUUCAAGAGCAGCGUCAUAUCAGCUGGGAAGGGCGUAGCAGAGAAAGCCAGCCGCCUCUACUCCCGCCUGUCCUCUCAGACUUCAUUAACGCAGGUUUGUGGUGCAGAAUUUCUCACUCAUUAGAGCUGCAAACAUCACUCAUCAUGAUAAAAUGAACAAUGAAUAUUUUCACCCUCUUCUGCAGGAUUCUAACUGUGACCGACUCAGCGUGUCCUCACUGACCUCAGGAGACGCAGACUGCUCCUCACUGCUUGAUAAUGACUCCUGUCUGGACCCAGAUGGCUUUACAUCCCCCCAGCACAGCGGCAUGUCCCGGCUCAGGAGGAGCCCUGUUGUUGGUCACGCUAACCUGGGAAGCCCCAGCACCCCCAACAGAGUCUUCAGACACAACUCCUUCUCUGGUCAGUUUCACAUCCUCGAAUCCAUCUGCAUUAAAGACAUUUGAAUAAAGGUCUUAGUUUCCAUGUGAAUUUGGUUUAUGGAAUCUUGCAGUUUAGUCAAAUGCAUAUUUAUCUUGAGUAGUUUGGUUUCUUUAUAAAAACAUCUCUACAGCGUACUUGAGCUCAUUAAAGCGAUGUUUUGGCUGCAGCGGUACUUUAGUUCCCAGUUAAACUCUCCUUGAGAGUCUAAAUUUAGAGGAGGAGGAGAAGGGCUCAGCAAUGUAGAGAGUCGGGUGUUGUUUUGUGUGAAACUAGGCCAGCAGGCAUGAGGACUGAGUCAGAGAGGAGACUUCUCUGAACUCAGCCACAUAAAGGCGCCGUGUUCAACAUAAACAUGCAUCUUUACCUGCACAUCAGUGUCGAGCACAAACAUCUCAUUCAUUUAUUUAGAUCUCCAUUAGCUUUGGCUAAGGACAUCACUAUUCUUCCUGGAGUUUACAUUUACAGUUAACUCUCCAUCGCAGUGCACAGUCACAAAACAUCACGCCACAAAGACAACAACAACAACCACAACAACUCACAACAGUCUACAAGACAACAACAAAACAACAAAACAAUAAAACAAGAACAAUACAAACAACAUUCACAGAUUACUGGACUUCUGAAAUAAUCAGAUGUCCAAAUAUCAACAUGCAUUACACAUAAUUGCAUUAAUUUACAGAAACAGUACCUAAUACGUAAGGAGACUUCAGGUAUUUCAAGUAAAUCAGACAAACUCUGAUUGAUUGUACCAAGUAGCUUCAUCCAAAUAGAGAGCUGUUUGACUCAUAAAUGUUCUUUCACUCGAUCUCUAAAUCUGUGUUUGUUGUGUUCUUGGAUAAUAUGUCCUGGCAGAGUACUCCAUAUCACCAUGGCUCUAUGCAUUACCAUACUUUUUGACACCUUUUCGACACCUGCACUGGAGUAAACGUCCACUGAUGCUUCAGGGAUGGAUAGCUGUGGUACUUGUGUCUCAUCUUGGAUGGGACUUGUGUGUUUAAUUGUGUUAUACUUUAUUGUUUCCAGGUGGUUUGGCACUUCCAUCAAAAACUCCUUACACUCCUGAUUCCUCCCCUGAUACCAAACGCUUUCAACCGGCUCCAAAUUACACCAUCGAGGUAUGAUACUCAUAAUAUCUAUUAUUCUCACACACACAGAGAGAUGAGGUGGACUGGAUCAAACUAUCAUGAUUAAAUGUCUUACUCUCUCUCUCUCUCUCUUUCUCUCUCUCUCAUCUUGGUACUUUAGGUGCAGAUGUCGAGUUGUUCCCUCUGUAAGACAUGUGACUGCCUGGUGUAUGAUGAGGAGAUCAUGGCCGGCUGGACAGCCAAUGACUCCAACCUGAACAGCAACUGUCCAUUCUGCGGCACAGCCUUCCUGCCUUUCCUCAAUGUGGAGAUCAAAGACCUGAGACCACAGAAGAGGUACAGUCCAAACACAGUGUAUACACACACAUAUAUAAUACACUUAUGAUUCAAAUAUAAUUCAGAAAGACUUUCAUCCAAAAGAAAUUCAGUGACAAUAUAGAGCUGAAUGUCUUUGUGACUUAUGCAAGACUGUCUAUUCUUGUACUGCUGUGCUAUCUCUGCGCUCACAAACACUCACAAAAGUCCGCCCAGACAGGGAAUGUUUUUAUCCCCGUGGCCUUGUUAAAGAGGUCUACUUUGUGUCUCCCCUCAGGUCUUCUGAGGAAACUAAUCCUGUUACAGAGGAGGAUGCGGAGGAACUCGAUUCAGAGGACAAAAACCCCACAGUGGACUGUGCAGCUGAAUCGUCUGCGGCUCGCCUGCAGGAGCAGCAGAGAAGCGGGAGUGAACCAGCCUCAGCUCCAGUCACAGUGCCCUACCUAAGCCCUCUGGUUUUAUGGAAGGAACUAGAGAGCCUCCUUGUUAAUGAGGGAGAUCAGGCCAUCUCCUCUCCAAGUAUUGUGGACCAACACCCGAUCGUCUUUUGGAAUCUAGUGUGGUACUUCAGGAGGCUGGAGCUGCCGAGUAAUCUGCCUGCUCUUGUCUUGGCAUCUCAGCACUGCAGCGCUAGAGACCAGGUAAAGAUCAGUGCUCAUCAUAAAGAUAUCAAUCAAUCAAUCAACUCUAUUUCUCAGGAAUCUGUAGAUUUUGCCUUUUAUAAUCAAGAUGAAAACGUAGCGACUCUCAGUAUUUGAACAUGAUAACACCAAAGCAGGACUAAGAAAGUGGAACUGAUUUUGUUGUCUUUGUUUUCUGCAAGACAAGCGUGAACACAGAUUAUUCCUUUAAACCGCUUAGGCCUCAAAAUAGUUGGACUUUGGUGACCCCUAGUGGUCAUUAAAAAAAAAACAAUAGCAACAAUGUAGGAUCGAGGAUUUUGCAGAUAAAAUCAGAAGUGUUUAGGAUUAUAUCUCUAAUAUGUCUCUGAAUACACUUCAGAGUAACUGGUGUGAAUUACAAACAGCCAAUAAAACCAAACUAAAUAAUCUUUCUGUUUUCCACCCUGCAGACUCCCCUGAGUGUUUCCUCUGAGGACAGUAAGCAGGUGCUUGUGAGGAUCAUGUGGGACAACUUGAAGUUGCACCAAGACAAAGUUCAACCCUGCUACGUCCUGUGGAACACACAUUGUAAGUUUGUUAUAUGUUUGUCCGAACAGAUAAAGGGUAUAACUUGUUUGAACGAGGGAAAUUACCUCCACAAAAAAAUUCUGCUGGUAACACUGUCAAGUUUGAUCAAGGUCGGACAUUUACAUGCAAAUUAAAUAAUGCAUAUAAAGUAACUAAGAAGAUCAUGCAUAAUUCAGUUCAGGAUUCCUUUUAGUCAUGCCGCCCUUUAUCAGGGUAAAACCCUCAGAGUUGAUUUUCAGGCACGGAGAUGAAUGAACCUUUGAUCGGUUGGACUUUUAUCUCUCGCUCUCUGCAGGUGCUAACUCACUGGUUCGCUCGGGGCUAUGUGAAGAAGGGCAGCUUUUCACUGUGGAGCUGCUGCAGGGGUUUGUGAGGAGCAUUAAGAAGAGUGAUGUUUAUCAGCCCAUGAGUCAAAUCAUCCAGCUGCUCGGACCGGAGCUGGGCUUUAAAAGACAGAGGUGAGAAAAUAAAGAUAUUAGUAGAAUGCCUCAUGUGAAAAAAGAUGAUGAUGAUGAAAACAGAAGAUUUGAUUGUUCUCUCCUGUUUUUUCUCUCAUUAAGGAGUCUCUAUCGGGAUUUAUUGUUCCUCGCUCUUGUGGCUUUGGGUAAACACAACAUAAAUAUCAGUAAGUAUAAAACAUAAAACCUUUAUCUUUAAUCAUUAAAGCUGUUUGUUGGUUGGUCGGUCUGUCACUUUGAUUCAGAGUAAACACUUGGACUGAGCUCCCCCUGUUGGCUGGCUGCGAAGCCUACCUCUCCUGUUGUUACUGAAUGCUGAAGCUUCUAUUGCUUAGUUCUAUUCAAUAAGUGCAUUUAAAAGCAGUUUUUCAGAAUCAGAAAUACUUAAAUAAUUUCCAGGGGGAAAUUGCGAUUUGUCACAGUAACUCCAUUGAAAAUAAAGUAGAAAGAGGAGAUAAAUUAUAUAUAAAAUUAGUAAAAAUGAAGAGAUAAAUAGAUAAAAUAAGUAAAAUAAGUAAAAAUACAGAGAUAAUAUACAAGUAUGUACACUAUAUACAACACAAAAUAGUCAAAUAGUGUGCAUGAAAAUAGUGGGCGGAGUCCAGGUAAAGACUACUGACUGAGGGUGUCAGAGUCACUGAGGGAGGAGUUAAAAAGUCUGAUGACCACCGAGUGUCUUUUAGGCAUCAUCAAAAAAAUGAAUCAAGUAAAAAGCCACUUGCAGCACAUCAUGUCUACAUUCUUAACCCACUCUGUUUCACUUUUUGCAGAUGCUUUCGAUCGGGAGUACAAGCUUGCAUAUGACCGCCUCACUCCCAACUUAGUCAAACUGACACACAACUGUGAUCGGCCCCCUGGAGCAGGGGUCAUGGAGUGCAGGAGAACUUUUGGAGAGCCCAGUCUGUGAAGUACUUCACCUCUUCUUUUUUUUCCCACUAAGUUUUUCUGUCAGCUGCAGACACUGCUGCUGCUGCUGCUGUGUUUUUGUUUCUGUUUUUGUUUUUUUUGGACUCCUCCCUCUCAGGACCAGCUCACCUGACUGGAGCACACAGCAAUGAAGCACAAAGAAAAAUGACUCUCAAUGUAAAGCAACUGCCAGGAAAUUUCACGAAUACUGUUAAGAGCUGGGAGGCACGAAAGUGACAGGCCUUGCAUUUGUAAAUAUGAUUCACUGUAUUAUUAGUAUAAUUACGGUAAAUUUUUGUACAGUUAUUAUACAGUCUAUUUUAUGACUUAGUUUCUGUCCAAGUUGUCAGUCAGAUAUGUACAAUAAAUGUGCGGCACAUGUUUGAAGCCCUAAGUGGUCCUGGUGACCUUGUAAAGACUGUUGUUGAGUGAGUGAGUGCGUGCGUGCGUGUGUGUGCGUGUUUGUAAAAUAAGUACUUUCUUUUUUAAUGUCUUGUUUUUACGAAGCACUUUGGCAGAAUGAGCUCCUGCCAUUCAUUCUCCUUGACGUAAUGCUGCAGCCUGGCAGCCAGUGCUUCAGCGACUUUUUAUUUGACAGCUGCAGGACUAAGUGUCCCGUCUGAUAUUCCCGUGGUACGCAAUGAAGGAAAGCAGAGACAUUCCUCCUCAUCUGAACCCUGUGCACCUAACUGGGUGAUGCUGAAAUGCUUGAAUACACUAAAAUAGAUUAAAAAUAAGAAUUUUUUUUUUUUUUUGAAUAAUAAUAAUCUGCAGCAAUGUACUUUUUUUUAAUCUUUUUGAGUUGUGUUUUAUGUUUACUUCCAUACCUAAAGAACUCAAAAGGGAUUACUGCUUCUAUGAUUUGUUCCCAUUAUUUUAACCAAACAAGAUUUUAUAAACUGAGGAGUGAAAAAUGUGUUACAUGGGACCACUAAGAAUGGAUUUCCUCAAAAUGGUACAAUCAAAUUAUUACUAAAUGAAUAUAAAUCUUAAUUUUUUUUUUAAUUGCCAGAACAGUAAUAGAGAUAUAAUAAUGUACAGAGUAUUUGAUUGUAUUCUUUCUUAUACUUUCCUUUAAUCUUCACUGUUAAGUGUAGAUGUAGGUUUUAGACAUUUGGACAGCAGUGCUCUGUUAAAUGUGACAAACAGCUCAGAAAAUAAAAGAAAAGUUUGACAUGUUAUUGCACUGCACAGACUUAAUGUCAAAGGUGUUCAGUUCGAACAAUAGCUCUGACCUGCCCUGAUCCGAAAUCACUUUCAAAUACUGAGUGUGAUGGUUCACUGUGUUGAUAUUGUAAUUCACUUGAAACUGACAAAAACCUGUCUACAUGUGAUGAAGCGCCACAGAUGAUUUUGGACUUCUCACACUGACUCAUGUUGAUGAGAUGCUGGAAAAAAAAGACUGGAAACAAAAAAAAACACACAACUCUCAGCGUGUAAAUUUGCAUUUUAUUCACCUUGUGGAUUUGUAAAAAAAAAAAAAAAAAAAAAGCACUGAUGACCAAAACAUCACUCAAUGUCUACCUGUUGUUUACUCAAUUUGUCAACUCAAACAAUGUUUAUGAUGUAUUAUUUAUUAUUUGUAACACAGAUACUUAUUUGUAUGAUUUUUAUAUAUAAAGAAAAGGAAUUCAAAAUUUCCUCUCUGGCUAAGUCUUUGGUUUGCUUUCAUUUAUGAAUAAACACAUUUAUUCUAUGGAUGUCAGUUCAUGUUCUUUGAAAGCUGAGUGGUUUUGCUGCUGCAACAUUUUCAUCAAAGAAAACAAGAACAGGUUUUUCUGUAGCUUCUACAAAUCAGUUGUUUAAGCAAGUUGAUGCCAGCAUAAAUAAAAUUCUCAUUAAAAGAACUUCAUAGUUUUCACAAACCCUGCCUAUCCUAGACUUCUAAUGCUUAUCUACUUUGUAAACACUGUAAAUUAUGUUUUCAUCUCUGUUAGUGUUUAUUCGCUCACAUAUUAUAUAAGGGAAUUUGUCAUGUUUAAUCUAAAAAUAUACAUAAAAGCCCUAUCCUUUGCCUAAAGAGAGUAGUUCUUCCACUGGCUGGAAUAUAGAGCAACUACAGCUGCUUUCCAGCUCUCCUAAGAUCAGUCUGAGACAGUUCUGCUUCAAAGUUCUGCCAACAAGAAUCCCUGCUGUGGAGAAGUCCUCUGCUCGCAUGUUCAGAUGGACACAGGGCAGAUAAUGAUGCGAUCCUCCAGCAUCACACUGAGCACCAGGAAGAUAAAGUACAGCAAGAACAGGGUGAAACCAAGAGCUUUAUUCAUACUCCACUUGCAGAACGCAAUGGAGAUGAUGACGAAGAGAAGCAUGAUGAAAAGAAGCACGAUGGCACAGAAGAGUCCGUUGCUGCUCACUGCCACCGGGGCGAAACCGUGGAAAAUCGAGUACAAGAGCCAUGGGACUGGGAGACUGUUGAGACAAGGAGACAGAAAAAGAAACUUAACUGCAGAGAAAUGAAAUGAGCAAGCGUUCAUGAGCUUUUCCUCUUCAAUUCUAUCAGAGCUCACCCCACAGUGAUGUCAAAGAUGUUGCUGCCCACAGAGCUGGACACAGCCAUGUCCCCCAGGCCUUUACGGGCCACAAUCACACUGGUAAUGAGGUCAGGAAUAGACGUCCCUGCAGCCAGAAUCGUGAGGCCCAUAAUCUCCUCUGAGAUGCCAAUAGUCUCACCAACCUACAGUGGAUAAAACAUUAGAUGGAAGUGUUGUAACUCUUCGUGACACUGGACAACACCAGUAUCAGAACAGCACUGCGGAUGCUGGGAGAGGACUGCCAAUGAUGUCCUUCUCUCCCAAACCUGACUUUGUGGUCCUGUUGUAUAGGGUUAGAGUUUUAGGUCCUCCUACAGUACAUCGUCUCUUUAUCUCAAAGUUAUCUUUCUUUACCAUCUGAUUUACACCUAACUUUGAAGUGUGACCUGUGAUCUGCAAAACCACCAACAGCUAGAUUGUCUGGGCCAGGUACCAUAAAAGAAACACAAUACACAAAUUCCAUACUCAGGUUAUCAGAGGCUAUCCCUGGGAAAUACCUCAAGGCAGUGCAUGCUGGUACUGUACUCCAGAUACCACAGAAGCUACAGAAAUAAAAAAUUACUCUUUGAUCUUAGCUAACAUGAGUUCUGGACAGUGAUAGUUUAAUUAAUAAAUUAAUUAAAAUCAAAUUUCUCAGUGUUUCUUGAACCCACCUGAUGGGCCCACCACACCAUGAGGUAGGAGAAAACAGCAAUCCACAGAAUAGAGCCCAGGAAAGUGACAGCAAAGAACCUUCUGGAUUUCUACAGGAUAAAGGGAGAUCAAAUUAAAUCACAGCUCUGAGGUUUGUAAAACACCUCGAUUGAUCACAGAGAUUUGGAGGAGGCUGUACUCGGUUGCGGACGUCAGGAACUGUGAGCCACAGAGGGAAGAUUAUGGGCAGCAGGAAGAGGUAGGUGGCUUGUUUGAGUCGCGUGUCAGGCCAGUCUAAAGACAGGGGUUCCUCUUCUUUCUCCUCCUCCUCAUCUUCAUCCUCCUCAUCUUCAUCCUCACUGAAUUCAUCGCUGUCAUCAUCACUGUCAUCCUCGCUGUCAGAGUCUUCUGAGCCUCCUGACUCAUCCUCACAUCCUCCUGCUGAUACAUCCUCCUGGAGAGAUCACAAUGGAUGACAGCAGAGGCAGAAAAGGGAAAAUAACAAAGAGGAGGACUUUUGUCUGAAGUUGUUUCUCUGUUUAUGGAGUCUUACAUAGACAGUUACCAAAGACUGACUUCUGGGCUUUUUGGUAACCACCAGGAUGUGGUUGGAGAAUACCUUCUUGUCCUCAGGCUGCUGCUUCUUCCUCUCAGUUUCUACGGCUGGGAUGUCCUUUGGCUCUUUGGUCUGCUCAGUUUUUCCCACAGCAUCUGUGAAAGAUAACCCAGAGUGUUACACAAGAUGAUGGUUAAUACACUUUUUCAAGGAGUUGUGAGGAGCCUCUUCAGUCCGGCAGAGAUGAUUGUUUUUAUCUUGCAUAUGUAUGAAAAUUAUCCUGCAUACACAAACUAAUAAGAUGUUCUGUAAGUGUUUGUGCAUCCCGUUUCUUUCCAUGUUGGUAGCUUAGGAGGAAGAGCAGUUGUCCAACUGGGAGGUUAGCAGUUCAAUUCCCCCUGUCCCUAGUCUGUCCAUUGUGUCCUUGGGCAACAAACUGAACCUACCGUGCUCCCAGUGUGUGACUUCCACUGGUGUAUGAUUCGUAUGUAUGUCAAUUUGGAUAAAAGCGUUUACUAAAUGACUUUGUAAUUAAUUUAUCAUUUGUAAUCAUUAUUGGCUCCAACAUUGUGUCUAUUAUGACAACAGGACAUUAAGGUCUCUCACAGCUACCUUUGUAGAUGUUACAAGCUUGAGCACAGAGAGUAAUAAUUUAGCUGACAGUCACUGACAGCAGUGUGAUCUCCCUAUUUAUGCAUGAAAUCUUUAGACACAUUCACAUCUAAAGCACCUCAGUGGAGUUUUUUUGAUGUUCAUGGAAAAGACUCACAUUUAAAUUUAUGCUUUUGCAUGACAUCUAAGAGCUAUGAAAGAGGAUUAAGGCCACAAGAAGAGAAAAGAAAAUACAGGAGAGAGAUUUUUUAAAUUUCCAUUCCAAGAUUAAAGUCGAAAUUUUGAUGUUAAAGUCGAAAUUAAAAAAAGUUGAAAUUUCAACUUGAUUCAUGUCGACUUUAGCCUCAAAUUUUAUUUUUUUUAUCUCGAAAUUUUGACAUUAUUCAUGACAUUUCGACAUUUUGUAAUCUCGAAAUUUCAAUAUUAAAACUUUAACCUUGAAAUUUCAACUUUAAUCUCCCUCCUGUAAUUAUUUUUUUCUAAUCCUGUUUCGUAAAGGGCAAACAAGACUGUUAGAAACAAGAUUGAUGAUUUUUUUAAAUGGAUUUUUAUGGGUUGUCAAAUUUGGCACAAACCAAAACCUUUUCUCAGGUGCUCUGAUAAUGUUCAUAUCUUUACAAAGGUAUUUUUCAAGAGAACAUCAUGAACAAUAUUGUGAUCAAAAUAUUAAGUAUCAAGUUUGCUAGGAAAUGGUCAAAAACACACUUGAGCUGUUGUCUAAUAAUAGCUUGAAAAGUUAGCCAUUUUUCUAUUGCUCAAAAAGGUGUCAUAACCCCUGAAGUUAGUGCUGGGCGAUAGGACGAUACAUAUCGUGGGCACGAUAGAAAAUGUCUAUCGUGCCAUUUUUAUUUUUAUCGUUUCGGGCGAUAGGCUGUAUUUUAUCCAUAGGGCUUGUGCCAUCAGAUGAUUCAUAGUAACAACAACAAUAAUUGCACAUUCAGUAAGUGUAUUUGGUGUCGAACGGGAAAGAAAACAAUAUUUUCUUACAAAGAAAAGGAUGCGUUGACAUGUAGGCUCGCAUUUCUCUUUCGAUUUUGCGACAUGACGCCGCUUUAUGUGCCCUCUUCGUGUCCAGCGUCUCCCGCCGUUGCGGGUUACCUGGGUUACACACGUGAGGGGAUCAUUGUAAGCAGUGCUUAAUUUGUGCCGGAGCAAGUCGGAGCGCGAUCCGGGACCUCUUUUGAUCGGAUCCGCGACCUAUUUCAGCCGCUCCGGCACCUGCUUCAUCUGCUCCGGGACCUUCCCUGUAGAGGAUGACAUUUUUCGGGAAUUCCCGUGGGUCACGUGAUUCCCGCGGGAAUCCCAUGGGAUGGGAGUCAUUUUUUAAUUAAUCCCUUGAUCGGAACGGGACGGGGAAAAAGGCAACGGGAGUGGGCAGGAGCGGGAACAACAUUAAAAGAUGAUCAUUUUCAGCCGUGUUUAACAACCAGCUGAACAGGUGCGUCCAUUUUUGUAGUCAUCUCUCAGUGAGAGCCAACACUCUUGACCGCGCUAGCAACACAAAAGAACUACAACAGUGGUUUGACUUCCUGUCAGCUGGGAGCGCGGCUGCGCAUUUCUACCCUUCAAGCCAGCAGCGAGGAAACGUAAUUUUGUGACAUUCUGUAGUUUUUCAAUCAUUUCUGGAGUCGUGGCGAAUCAAAUCACCCUACCUGUCAGCCCCUGAUAGGCGAAUAAAGCGCUCGGAUUCAUGCUCGGGUCUUCCUACGUGCUUCAAGAGUAAAGUAAACAAUGAUGGAGGCAGAGAGCAGCUUUGGAGGAGAAACAUCUAGCAGUGUGAACAACCUCUUCAAAAGAGCCCUAAAGACCUACCUUUUUAAUAAAGCCUUUGGUUAGUUUUCCUCUAUGCUUUAUGCUUUUACUACCUUGCCUCUUACAUUGCAACUCUAUAUUUUUUAUUUUUUUUAAUUCUUUUUUUAUGCCAAUCUGUGACUGUCAUUCUAUUGCUUUUUUAUUGUUGCUGCUCUUUUUUUACUGUGUACUGUAGCACUUUUAGAUUUUUUGUAAAUGUAAAGUGCAUUACAAAUUAAAUUUAUUAUUAUUAUUAUUAUUAUUAUUAUUAUUAUUAUCAUGGAGUGCUUUGGCUCACACUAUCGGCGUUUUCUGUGAGUGUUGCAUAACUUUGGGUGAGCGCAGACAUGAACGCACUUCGGCCACGUAUUUAUUUAUUCAUUUUUCUAGUUUUAAGUGCUGGUCUUGUACUGGUACUGUACUAGUGCAGCUGUAUACACUUACAUUUUUCAUAGAACUGAAAGCAUACCAUAGCUAUAUCGUGAUGUAUAUCGUUAUCGUGAUAUAAAAUGAUCCAUAUCGUGAUAUACAUUUUUUUCCAUAUCGCCCAGCACUACCUGAAGUACCAUAAUGAUAAAGCUAAGGCUAGCAUUUAGACAAUAUUACUGUUUGGUGGUUUAGAGAGACUUUAAAGGGGCUCUGUUGUUGUUGUAGUACAGCUCUCAUGUAUCAUCAUAAUGGAGAUUAUUAGCAUGAGUGAGUAAACUUUUACUCAUCGGUUCAAAUACCAAAGAAUUUCAUUGUUGAUGUGAUGCAGAGCUUUGCAGCACAAAUGAGCAGCUUUCAUAAAAGAAUUGACGGCUCAGUUAAAGCUCCCCAAUCAGAGUUUACCUUCACUUCUAUCUUGAGCUUUUCUCCCUGCUGUUCGUCUGGCCACAUUAUUCAGAGACGCAGCCUUGUCCUUAAAUUUCCCUACGAACAAUCAAACAAGCAGAUAUUAACAGAGAAUCAUGGUCAAUGUUAUGUUACAAGAAGGACAGCCAUCAUUAGAGACGUUCUCAAAGCAGACAGCUGUCAAUCAUUCAGUCAUCCACUGCACUGAUGAGGUACUUACCUUCUCCUAGAGGGUCUAAAGUGUGGAUCAUGAGCUGGAAGAUGGUGUUUCUCAUGGUGCUGUUGUGUAGAGAAGCUGAACUUCCCCCUCGCUGCAGGGAAGGCUUCAACUGAGGAAAGAGAUGACUGAAGUCUCAACAACCUCACUCAGAAACAGACAUGGAAACUUCAAGGGAGCUUUGAUGGAGGUCGAAUUCAGAUCUUUCUUUUGAGGGUGGCCUGAUCAUUGGUAGGGUUGCACAGAGCUUAAUAAGAUAUCACAUUUCAUAUAAAACUGAACAUUUUUAAGGAUUUCUGGCAAAAAAAAAAGUUUCUUUGUGUUGACUGAUUAAUCUAUCUUUUUAUUUUAUUUUAUUUUUUACCUUUAACAGAUUCUUGUCCUCUGGAGAAGGAGGGGCAUUAUCUUCAGCAUCCCCAGUUGUCUGUGUGCAACAAUGUUUUGUUCAGUUACAACCAUCAAUUGGCAGCGAUAGAUGGAUGUUUUGUCAGUUUGGUGGAGCUUAAAUAUUCAAAUAUGCUGUAAAAUGUGACCUUGUACAAAGUGUUAUUGAACAAAUUGAACACCCUGGGGUCGUGCCAGUCAAACAUGUCAGUAAGGAGGAGAAUCAGCCGUUCAUGAACCUGAAUCUGUUGAAGAAGGCUGUUGAAUAAUUAAUCCUACUCAUAGGUAUGCAUAUCACCCCAUAUGUGCUCCAACAAAUAGCUUGAGCAUGUGCAAAAACUGUGCUCAAAUGAAGCCUCAGUCAGAUUUACCAGGCUUACAGACACUCUAUGUUGAUGCUACAGUUUGUACAUAGGUUCAUGAGGGAUUAGUUUGCAGCAGCUCAUCAGCCUUUGUCUCUCAAGGCCUUUGUUCACUCUUUCAUCACAAUCUACUUAUUUUACAGAGGUAGGUUGGAGAAGUAAUGACAGUUUCUUUUGAAGUAAUAAGCAAUUCCGCUUUUGAUAAAUAUAAAAGAACAAGAGAUUAAAAUGUCAUCCUGGACAACUACACAAAAGGGUUAGUUUUACUUCUGAGAAUAUGCAUCUUCAUAAAGAGCGUCUUUAAUCUGGCAGAAUUAUGUCUUUGAUUAAAAUAAACACUGAUAUGGCAGCUCUGAUUUUAGAUCAGUGCUUUCUCUUUUGUAGGAGUGCUUACCUUCUCAGAUUCUUCCACAGCAAUAAUUUGAACAAUGUUCUUGUGUUUGUGAAGUUGGGUCUUGAAGGCUUGCUCUAUCUGCACAUUAAACUUCAUAAAGAUCACAUAGGUAGUGUAGCUGGUCACCAGCAUCAUGCUUUCCCACCACAGUAUCACGUUGUCCAAGAAGAAGAUGAUGAGUAAGAUGAGGUCAAAUAUGUAGAAGGAUACGUCUCUGAAAAGUGGCCACCAGGUUAGGUGUAGAACCUCCCGUGAAAACAAAGCGCACAUUCCUAUCACAAACAAAAUGUUGAAGACUGCUGAUCCAACAAUCGUGCCAAUACCCACAUUACUGUGGGCGAUGAAUACUCCUAUCAAGGAUGUGAAAAGCUCGGGAGCAGAGCCUCCAGCAGCCAUGAAAGUGGCUCCUGCCACAUCAUCAGAGAUGGCCAACUUGUCUGUGAUUACACCCAGAGCAGGGACGAAGAACUCAUCACACACGAUUGCAAGUGAAAUGAACAUGUACAUCAUCCCAAUAAUGUGGAGGAUCACCCAGCCACGUCUUCGGUCUUCAACAGAAAAGAUAUCUUCAGGGUAUUCACCUUUAAUGUGGGGAGCUCCUCCAGGAGGAGCAGGAGUGAAAGUAGUUGUAGGAGGUGUGGGGGUUUCCUGUGCCAGCUCAGGGACCGAAAAGAUGCAGUGAACAAAAGUUCGGUUUGUGGUUGGAGAUGGAGACUCAGUGGUGGGGGACUGUUCAAAAUUUGAGGAAGAAUCAAGAGAGUACAUCACAUUCACCUCGGGUGUUGUUUGAUCUGUGUUUUCUGAUCUAAGUGUGGUAGUAAAGGGUUCAUCUUGUCCCUGAGUCUCUGCUGUCAUCGCUUCGAUCUCUGUUGAACCUUCGCCAAAAUCCUCUCCAACCCGAGACAGGGACAAAGGCUCAUACAGUCUGGCACUGAUGGUUAGCUGGUAGAAGGAACAGAGAAAAACCCCAGAGAGUAGGAACAAAACCCUGCUCACCUGCAGUCGCUUUCGUCUUGUACAAUACAUUUUUCCCCAAAGCAAUA